AUGGCCAUUCCACCACCAACCGACGGCGGCUACCAGCUAUGGUGGUACUACCCAUCCAUGGCCGGCAACAUCAUCUUCGCCGUCCUAUUCUGCAUCCUCUCAAUCGCACACCUCAUCGGCCUCGCUCUCAACCGGAUAUGGAUAUGCGUUCCCCUCGUAGUAGGAGGCAUUCUCGAAAUCGUCGGCUACGGCAUCCGCGCCUACGCCAACUCCAACACCAGCACCGUCACCCUCUACGCAACCCAAUCCGUCCUGAUCCUCCUCGCGCCCAUCCUCUUCGCCGCCUCCGUCUACAUGUACCUCGGCCGCCUGAUGAUCGCCACAAACACCACCGCGCUCUCCCCGAUCCCGACUCGCUACCUCACCAAACUCUUCGUCUGCGGCGACGUCCUCUGCUUCUUCAUCCAAGCCGUCGGCGGUGGGAUGCAGUCCGUCAAGAAACUCGCCGACAAGCAGUACAUCGCCGAGUACGUCAUCCUGGUCGGAUUAAUCCUGCAGAUCAUCUUCUUCGGCGUCUUCGUCGUCGUCGCGGUGAUGGUGCAUAUGCGCAUGGCGAGGAAGGGCAUUGAGGAGAAGACGGUUGCGUGGAGGAGGCUACUUCUCGUGCUGUACGUCGUGAGCGGGCUGAUCUGCUUGAGGAACAUCUUUCGCGCGAUUGAGUACGGGAUGGGCACGGAUGGAUACCUCCUGCAGAACGAGUGGCCUGGUUUCGUCUUUGACGGUGCGCUUAUGGUCAUCGCCCUGAUUGUCUCUUUGGCUUGGUACAUCGGCCGUGGUUCGAAGCUCAACGUUCGGUACGAUAGUGUGUCGAGCACGGAGGAGUUGAAGCCUACCCGAUCGUGA